AUGUCUGCCCCAUGGUGGCAAGCUGAUGGUGUUGAUGCAUGGCAGCAAACUUGUACCAAGACUGGCCAUUUCAGAGAUGCCCUCGACGUGCCGUCAUCGGAUGCCAUAUUCCAAGAGCUUGCCUACUCAUUCUUGGCAUGUCAGAUAAGCCAGGAUGGUCAGCGAAAUUUUGACCGUAUCACAACUGUUAUCAUUAAGGCUGCCAAAGACGAGGAAGAACAAGAAGGCAAAGAGGAAGAGGAUGACUCUAAACUCAUAUCCACCUCUCCACUUGCUACUUCCACUUCAAGAAGCAAAGAUCAGUCCCGGAACCCUCCGGGACUGGUAGCACACACUGCAGACCUAAGCGUGUACAUGUGUACACAAGGUGCAGAUACCCAUGUCAAAGACUCGGAGAUUCGGAAGUGA